GUCGCUUGCAGUUUUGGAGCUGUGCUGUGUUGGCCUGCCGGGGCGUAGGGAAAAUUUGGGAAAUUGAAGAAAGUCGUUACUAUCCAAACCUAAUAGACUCCACCGUAGGAAAGGUGUUGGGUUUAAUUGAGUGUUACCAGAUUCUUGGUAAAUAAUUAUUUGAGAGUCCGUGUUUGCUGCUUUUUAUCUGUUAGCACGUUGCUAAAACUGCAUUCACGGGAAUUCUGAACUCAAAACGACUGAAUUCGGGAAACAUGGAGUCAAGGAAAGCUGCGAUCCGCUAGUCGAGUUUUGCAAUCCUGAAGAGAGACUCAAAGGACACCGGGAACUAACUUUCAUACCCUCCUGUACCGUACCUGGGAUCGUACUGAUUUUGUUUUCAUUGCGAAGAUUGUUUUUGUAAACAGGAGUCGUAUUUGCACCGGUGGGAGCGGGGCACACAGAGCAAAGUUUUCUAUUGAAAGAGCUGGCUAGCUAGCUAGCCAGAGAGUUCGCUAGCUUGACCUAACCUCCGCACGGACAUAAACAUUUUGAGUCUAACUGUAGCUGCGAAACAAUUAUUUAUAAAAACCAAUUCAGCACCGAUAGCCAAAGAACACUUUAUUAUAGCUUUACUACUUCAUUACUGUACUGCAAAGCUAACCACAUUGCUGCCAUUAGCUUUCGUUCGCUAAUUUGUUACACGGGUUUCAACUGAGUUGCCAGUCUUAAAGAAUUUCUCCGCUACGCUAGCUGGUCACGAGGGACUCGUCGGUACGGUCUGGAAGCUGGGAACACCAAACGGGACUGACGGAAUUUUCAGCAUCCCUGACAAUCGUUUUCAUCGGGCUGGGAGUAACUCGUUAGCUUAUCGGUCUGAGUGUGUUUACACGUUCGGAUUUGAUUUCCAGUGUGAUGCAAAUCUUUUCGAUUGACCUCAGAGGAUUACAUGGACACGGAUGCAGGUGACAGUGCCAGCGCUAAUAUUUUGUUAAGGGAAUAGAUAAGGAGUCUAUCCUCAGCAUCUGAAAACGAGUGCAUCUUCUCGACGAAAGGAGACGUGUCCAUAUUAAUGUAAAUAAAUUGCUUUCUUUACGAUACUCUAGGGAGGGUUCCGUAUGCAAUGGUUUGGCAUAGGUAACCAACUACACUCAAUACUGUUGAAGGGAUACCGUUCUUGCAUUGGGAAUCUUUUUGACGUGGCUGUCAAAACGUGCUGGUUUCUCACUGCAGACCCAUCUUUUCAACAACCCAGUCCAGCCCUUGUUCUGCCCUUUCAGCACUCACACAGACGAAUGUUUCUGAAAGACACCUAUAAGAGACUGUCUCGUCGCUUUAUGGAAAAUGUCAAUCGGAAAUAAAUCGCAGCAAGUCUAAGAAACGGAAGCCCAAUGAGCGACACACAGUCCAGUACCUCUGACAGGUUUACCAAGAAAGCAAGCAGAUCCAGCAGUAUUCUCAGCAGAGACCACCCCCCUGACAAGAAACCCAAAAGUGACAAACCGACGACCCCCUCGUCCAAUGAGUUUGACCCGACAGGAGCCCUGGUGCAGAGGACUGGUACUGAGCUGGAGGGCAAGUCCUGCGGUCUGGUCCAGAGAUGUGUGAUCAUCCAGAAGGAUGAGAACGGCUUCGGGCUGACCGUCAGCGGGGACAACCCCGUGUUCGUGCAGCUCGUCAAGGACGAUGGGGCUGCCAUGCGAGCAGGAGUGCAGACAGGAGACAGGAUCAUCAAGGUUAACGGGACCCUGGUGACCCAUUCUAACCACGUUGAAGUGGUCAAGCUCAUCAAAUCGGGCUCCUAUGUGGCCCUCACGGUGCUGGGCCGGCCCCCAGGCCUCCCCCAGAUCCCCCUGCCGGAGGUGGACUGUGACCUGGGUCUGGGCCUGGGUCUCCUGGGGGGGCCCGGGGACCGCUCGUCCUUCUCUUCUCCUCACUCCCCAGGGCAGACGGCUCUGGAGAGGCCCUACAGCCCCCUGGACCGCAUCACCCACCCUCUGCCUGCAUGGCAAGAAAACAACAGCGUACAUAACCAGAAGGUCGACAUCCUGCAGAAGAUGCUCAUUAAGGAACAGCAGGACCUGCUGGCCAUGAAGGAGGAGUACAGCAGGACUCCGUCCCCCAGGCUGCUGAAGGACAUCCAGGAGGCCAAGAAGCACAUUCCUCAGUUGCAGGGACAGCUGUGCAAGGCCAUGGGGAGUGGGGCAGCACAGGUGGGGCUCCAGGACUCUGGGCUGGCGGCAGAGGGGGAGGAGGCCAGCCCGCUGGAGCCAGACAGGACUCCCUCGUCCAGGGGAGACCCCAGCAUGGAACUCUCCUGGAGCAGUGCCAACAUGUCUCCUGUUCCUCGUUUGUUUGGCCCAGGGUCUCCAGAGAGCCUGUACCAGAGGGACUCGUCGUGCCCCAGCCCCAGGACCACUCCCAGGGACAGCUUCACCUCCUGCCCCUCCCCAGAUGUGGAGGACCACCCCGACCUGGACUCCCUGUCCCCCUCAAACGUCAGCACCCCUUCCUCCUCACGCCUCGUAUCCCAGAUCAUUGGUGCAGAGGACGAUUACUUCGACUCAGACCAGGAACAGGUGAACAGCCAGUGCAGCUGCUUCCAGAGCAUCGAGCUGCUGAAGUCUCGCCCCGCCCACCUGGCCGCAUUCCUGCAUCACGUGAUCUCCCAGUUCGACCCUGCUCCGCUGCUCUGCUACCUCUACGCUGACCUGUACAAGCAGACCAACACCAAAGAGACCAGACGAGUCUUCAUGGACCUCCACACCUUCUUCAUCGAGCGCGGGGCGCACUUGAAGGUAGCUGUCCCGGAGCCCAUGUCCUCAGACCUGGACCGGCGGAGGACAGAGCUGAUUCCAGAGGAGACUAACAGACAGUAUGUCCAGACGCUGCAGGACUCCCUGCUGCCAGACGUGCUGAAGCUCCUGGAUGACUUCAGGCAGAAGCGGGGGAUGGGCCUGACCCUGGCCGAGGGCGAGCUGGCCAGACUGGACACAGAGAGGGUCAGGGACAGGGUCGCCCUGGAGAGAGAGCGCUCCUGCGCUGAAAACAUCCUCACCAAGAUAGACGAGGUCUUGGUGACCACUCAGUCGACGGAGGAGGAGAGAUGCACUACUGUACAGUACGUGGUUCUGACGUACAUGAAGCACCUGGGGGUCAGGGUGAAGGAGCCCCGCACGCUGGAGUCCAAACGGGUCCGCAUCAACUUCCUGCCCAAGAUCAAGCAGAAGAGCAUUAAGCCGGAGAGGGAGGGAGGGGAGGAGAAGGUGAAGAGGCCCAGGUUUCCCAGCAUCCUCGGCCCUCAGCGCAGACCCAGCCGCAUCGAGUCAGCAGUCGUAGGCAAGGCCCUGGACGGAGGUCGCCCACGGCCCCAGAAGCAGCUGUCCCAGCCCACCCUGGGGGGCUGCGACCCCCUGGAGUCCAGCCGUCUCCGUGGCAGCCAGUCCAGCGAGGGCUCGGAGCUCACUCACCUCUCCUCCCCCUGCACCUCCUCCCCCUGCACCUCCUCCCCCAGCAGUGCCUCCUAUUGGGCUGGCUCUGACUGCAGCAGGGAGACAGAGCUGGCUCCCUCCAGGCUCAGUGAGGGUCUGCAAGCUGCAGACCAGGAAGGCCUGCAGUACCCUGCCAACACGCACUUUGACUACAGCCUCUCCCCCUACAGCCUCGACCAAUUACAAGAGGAGGACAGGGAGACGGACAGGAUCCCAGAGGGAGGUACCCCCAAAGCCCUGAGAAGGCUGGAUGUUCUGGGUCUGGUGGAGGUCCAGAGCGAGGACGACCAGGGGACGGACUCGGAACACGACCCUCUGACCUGGCAGCAGCUGGUGAGCCGGGAGGUCCUGGCCGGCCUCAGGCCCCACGAGAUCAAAAGACAGGAAGUUAUCAACGAGCUCCUCUACACUGAGCGGGCUCACGUCAGGAUGCUGGGUGUUCUGGACCAGGUGUUCUACCAGAAGCUCUCCAGAGACUCCAUUCUGCCCGCUGCUGACCUGAGGAACAUCUUCACCAACCUGGACGACAUCCGGCAGCUGCACGUCUCCAUAAGUGAGCAGAUGACAGCAAUGCGUAAGAGGAACGAGACCUCAGUCAUCGACCUGAUAGGAGAUGACCUGCUCUGCUGGUUCAGUGGGCCGGAGGAGCAGAAAAUCCAGCAGGCUGUGGGGACGUUCUGCAGCAACCAGCCCUUCGCUCUGGAGGUCAUCAAGAACCGGCAGAAGAAAGACUCACGCUUCAACUCCUUCAUACAGGAGGCAGAGAGUAACAGACUGUGUCGGAGACUGCAGCUAAAGGAUAUAAUUCCGGUGGAAAUGCAGAGACUCACCAAAUACCCUCUGCUGCUGGAGAAUAUUGCCAAGUACACAGACAACCCUGCAGAGAAGGAGAAGGUGAAGAAGGCGGGGGAAUGCUGCCGGAGAAUCCUCAACCACGUCAACCAGGCCGUCCAGGAGUCUGAGAACAAGCAGAGACUGGAAGACUACCAGAGGAGGCUGGAUCUGUCUUCCCUGAAGCAGACGGAGAACCCCAUGAUCCUGGAGCUCAAGAACCUGGACCUGACGAGGAGGAAGAUGGCGCACGAGGGUCCGCUGUCGUGGAAGGUCAACAAGGACAAGACCAUUGAGUUGUACACUCUGCUCCUGGAGGACAUCCUGGUGCUGCUGCAGAAGCAGGACGAGCGUCUGGUCCUCAAGUGUCACAGUAAGAACCUGGCCGGCACGUCGGACACCAAGCACAUCUUCAGCCCCGUCAUCAACCUCACCACCGUGCUGGUCCGCUCCGUCGCCACAGACAACAAGUCGUUCUUCGUCCUCUCCAUGUCGGACAACGGAGCCCAGAUCUACGAGCUGAUGGCCCCCACUGUUUCAGACCAGAGAACGUGGCAGCGUCUGAUCACCCAGAGGGCGGAUGCCAUGAAAGUCAAACCCCACAGUGUGAUCCCCUUACCUCAGCCCGAUGGAGAGAGAGACGGUGUGGAGAUGAUCACUGUAGGGAUCUCCAGACUCACUAAGGACCAAGAUCGCACCUCCACUGGAAGCACCAGAUCCACAGAUAAAGAGGCCAUCCCUGGCUCCAGCGCUGCCCUCCCCAGCCCCCUGCCAGACAGGGCCCAGUAUGGAGGGGUGGGGGCCGAGGGGCAGGAGGAGGAGGAGGAGGAGGAAGACUUUCUAGACCCAGAGCAGUCUGACAGGCUGUCCUUCCUGGGCUGUGUGGAGGAGAGGGAGGCCGACAGCCCCGGCCCCUCACCCUCCAUGGCCGAUGAGGCUCUCAAGACCUUGUCGGCCCUGAAGCAGGUUCUGGUCACCCAGCUGAUGUCCCAGGAGGCCAGCGAGCGCGUGCAGCGCUCCACCGGGGCCCGCCUGCUCCGGACCACCUCCCUCCGCACCCCGGUGGACAGCCGGGCCCGGGUGCCGGUCCACAACGGCUCGGACAAGGCCCGUGGGCCACCGGACGACCCGGCCCAGGACCUGGGGUCUGGGGACACGGGCUUCUUCGACUCCCCUGAGGACUAUGCGGGCUACCUGGUCCUGGAGGGCUACGGGGGUCCGGGGGAGAGCUCCACUGAGGACGAGAUCUCGGCCAAGCACCUGGGCGCCUCGCGGGGCUGCGCCGGGGAUUCUGGGAUCAGCCUGCGCUUCUCCUCGGCCUCCCAGGCAGGAAGCCUGUCAUCCUUCAGCAGACUGGUGCUGUCUCACCUGCGGAACCUGCAGACCAACCUCAACCACCUCAAGGAGGUAGAGGCCAGGUACCACACCCUGGUACGCCCGCGGCCAGAGAGGAGCUCACCAGACCCGGACCAGAACAAAGAUAAGAGAUAGUUCGAGAGGUGGAAGUUCAGACGAAGGAUUGAGUUGCUACUUCCUGUGUCGUUGACCCGGACUUCCUGUAUAAGCUUGUCCUCUCACUGUUGAGCCCCUCCCUCCGCCAGCGUCGCCCAUGGUUACCACAGAGCACGAGAGACUGAGCCCGAGAGAGAGAGUUGGAUGGAGGAGCCUCCCAGUGACCCCUCCUUCCUCAUCAGCACAUGGCAAUCAGGGAAGAGGGAUUGUCCCAAACCCCGCCCCUUACAUCCUGUCCCCGCCCCCCUACCUCCCUGCAUUUAAAGAACAAUACCAAACUGUAAAAACUGUGUGUUUAGGAUAUAUAUAUGAAACACAAGAAAAAAACAAAGGAACAUUUUUAAAGAUAAUGUAUUAAGAUUGUUUUUUUUUCUUUUUUUUUUUUUCUUAAGAUGUAUUUAUUUUAUCUCUUUUUUGUCUGUUUUCAUAAGCAAGUGUUUGCCCAUGCUGCGUGCAUGUUUCAGGUCAUGUGACGUGGUAGCUAGAUUGGCUGAACCUCUAAACCCAGCCCCAAGGGGGGGUGAGAGAGCAUGCUAGCCCACCCAACCCCACCAUACCCCAUCUUAACCUGCUCUGAGCUGAGUGCAUCUGCAGCAGUCUGGACUGAGGUCAGACAUCGAGGGUAGUGUUCUAGACUGUCAUGGAAACCCAGGCUAGUGUUCUAGACUGUCAUGGAGACCAGGCUAGUGUUCUAGACUGUCAUGGAGACCAUGCUAGUGUUCUAGACUGUGAGUUUCCUAUCCUGUGAUGGUGUUGAAGCUCUAAUAUCAAUUCCAGGAUGGAGUUGAAACUGGUAUGAAGAAACAGAUCUCUGAUCUGGUCUUCAGUGAGUUUCUGCUCUAUUUGUAGUUGACCACCACCACCCCUGAUGCCCCGCUCCCCCUCCACCCCCCACCCCCUACAUACCACCCAUGACCCCCUCC